AUGGAGUGCUUCAGUGAGGAAGAACGCAUCAGCUUAAGGGAGGAAACUCGUGAAAUGUUCAUUCACGCCUACGAUUCGUACAUGCAGCACGCCUACCCGGCGGACGAGCUGAUGCCACUCAGCUGUCGGGGACGGUUCCGCGGGGUGGAGGCGAAUCGAGGCGACGUUGAUGACGCUCUCGGCAAUUUUUCUCUUACUCUAAUCGAUACUCUUGACAGUCUUGUGAUACUAGGAAACUACUCAGAGUUUGACGAUGCUGCCUUUCGAAUCGUCAGCGACGUCUCCUUCGACCAGGACAUUGUCGUGUCCGUCUUUGAGACGAACAUUCGCAUCGUCGGUGGCCUUCUCUCGGCGCACGUCCUCGCGCUGGUGGUCAAGGCAAAACAAAAUAGCAACGGUUACCUGCAGUGGUACAACAGCCAGCUGCUCGACAUGGCCAAGGACAUUGGCCUCAGACUGCUGCCCGCCUUUGAAACCACCACGGGCAUUCCUCAUCCGCGCAUCAACUUAAAGUACGGCCUGAACAGCGCCAAGAUUGGCUCUCUGCGGGAGACCUGCACCUCCUGCGCCGGCACGAUGAUCCUCGAGUUUGCCGCCCUGUCCCGACUGACCGGCGAUCCGGUGUUCGAGGAGAAGGCCCGUACGGCGAUGGACUACCUCUGGCAGAAGCGGCACCGGCAGUCGAAUCUGAUGGGCAACGUCCUCAACAUCAACACCGGUGAUUGGGUGCGCAAAGAGUCGGGCGUGGGCGCUGGUAUCGAUUCCUACUACGAGUACUGCCUGAAGGCGUACAUUCUGCUGGGCGACCAGAGCUACCUGCACCGCUUCAACCGCCACUACGCCGGCGUCAUGAAGUACGUCAGCCAGGGGCCGCUGCUGAUUGACGUGCACAUGCACCGGCCGCACAGUCAGGCGAAGAACUUCAUGGACUCGCUGCUUGCCUUCUGGCCCGGCCUGCAGGUGCUCAAAGGCGACCUGCGGCCGGCGAUUGAGACGCACGAGGUGCUCUACCAGGUCACCCAGCGGCACACCUUCCUCCCUGAGGCCUUCACUGUGGACCGCUUUAACGUGCACUGGCCGCACCACCCGUUGCGACCGGAGUUCAUCGAGAGCACCUACUUUUUGUACCAGGCUACCGGCGAUGAGCACUACCUGCAGGUGGGCAAGGAGGCGCUGAGCAGUCUGCAGAACUACACGCGAGUGCCUUGCGGUUUUGCCGCCGUCAAUGAUGUGCGGACGAAAAAGAAGGAGGACCGAAUGGACUCGUUUUUUCUCGCGGAGACGCUCAAGUACCUCUACCUGCUCUUCAGUAAGAAGGGCGAGAUUGAUCUCAAUCUUGAAGACUACGUCUUCACUACCGAGGGCCACCUGCUGCCACUCUCUCUGGGACAGAUGAAGUGGCCUCCAAUGACGACAGCAACAGAAACAGCAACAGCAGAGCAAUCCGAAGCAGUCAACAGCACACAGCAGCAGCAGCAGCAGCAGAGUGUACCUCCAGUUCGAAGAAAGGGCGCCUACUUUUCGAGCACCUCUUCUGACUUUUUCUGCCCCAGCACGAAGGCGGUGCUGAAGGAGAACGCCCGUAGGCACUUCUCCACUUGUAGUCGAUCAGCAAAGCAGCAACAGCAUCACCAGCAUUUGAUGGACAGCAGCGGCUACUACAAGCUGAUUCGAAAGGGCGUCGAGGACUUUGCCUCCAGACCUUCGUCCACUUCGUCCACCACCAGCAGCUCCUCCAGCAGCUCCCACCGCCUUCGCCAUCCGAGCCUCCUCUCAGUGCCUCGCCUUCGAGCCGCCGACUUCUCCGCCGCCAAGCCGGAGCACAUUGAGCUGCUGAAGGGACUGGGCAUCAGCGUGCUGGUGCUAAAGGACGGCCGCGUCCAGCUGGUGCACAACUCGGCCGCCGCCUGGUCGAUGGACGACGCCGAAGAGGGCGCUCUCUUUAUGCAAGAGAUGAUUGCCCUCUCUAAGAUGCAGGUCGCAGAGGAGACGCGCCUGCGGAUGGUCUCAUUUACGCUGAAGAGCAGAGCUGGCAGUGAGAGUGACAGUGGCAGCAGCAGCAGCUCCCCGCCACCGAACAAUGAGGUGAACAUUAGCCUGCUGGGUGGCCCGGCUCAGUUUGGCCUCGACCUGGCCGCCCUGGAGCAGCCCGUCUCGGGGGAGCUGGUCCGCGCGGAGCCAGCCAUUGACGCCUGUCACCUGGAGGAGAUCGGCAAUCGGGCGGAGAUGGCCGGUAGGGUGGUGCUCGCCCAGCGAGGUGGCUGCAUGUUCAUCGAGAAGGCGCGCAAUGUUCAACGCCUGGGUGCCCUGGGCAUCAUCAUCGCCGACAACGCCGAAGGCAGCAGCUCAAAGACGAUGCCCAUGUUUGCCAUGUCCGGCGAUGGCAGCACCGAUGUGGUCAUUCCCGCGGUCUUUCUCUACACUGCCGACGCGAAGAUUCUCUUUGGCGCCCUGGAGGAGAGCACCGCCAGCGGCAGUCCUCUCGUCGUCAAACUGGAGGCACUCAAUGAGGACAAUCAGGAUGAG